AUGCUCUUCGGCUGGCUCGGCGCCACUCACUCGCAGCUGAAAGAGUAUUCGAUGUUGUACCACGACGGUGGCGCCUGCACCGUGCGCGCCACCGCCAGCAUGCUGGACACCAUGCGGACACCACGGCUUCUCGCGACGGGGCUCGCGGUGCUCCGAGCUGCGGCGGCUCUCCUAGCCUCUCUCCCUCCCUGCACGCCGCUCGUCGUCCACGUCUUCAGCGGCGGCGGCGCCCUGGUGUGGGAGGCCCUCCGCGACGCCAGCUUUGCCGUCGGCGACGGCUGCUUUGACGGCUCCGCCUCCGACGCGGCCCUGCUCCGCCUCCUCCGCCGCCGCGUCCGAGCCGAGAUCUUUGACUCCGCGCCGUGCCGCCCGCUGUUUGGCGCCGCCGCCGUGACGGCGCGGCCUGCGUGCGCACGCUGGCUAUUGCUGCAGCUGCUGCUCGUGCUAGAGCUGCUCUGCCUCGCCCUCCUCUCGCCCUUCUCGUCCCGCCGCCGCCACUUCGAGACGUACUGGCGGCGCGGCGCGGUGGCGGCCGGCUGCGCCUCCCUCUACCUCUACUCGCGCGCGGACCGGGCGUGCCCCCUUGCCUUCCGCGAGACGCAGGCGUGCGAUGCACGAUGCUCUGUCCAUACCCGCGGGUCCAAACUCUAG